AGAUUCGGCGUUUACGGGCUUAGGGCGUAUUUCGAGACUCGACGACUUGGUGGUGAAUCAGUUUGUACUUUGACCACAGUUUACGUAGUUAUUGCUUCACUCACAGCUCAAGUAGUGCGGAGAUAUUGACAUUUUUUGUGAUAUUGUCCAGACAGUUUAUUUCGUCGGUAGUAAUGUUAUAAUGACGGACGUUUUUACAAACGGUGUGGACGAAAAUGGAGGGUCCCAUCGAAAGGGAUCGGACCCUCUCGCACAAACAGUCCGCGGUAAAAUGCAGAACAGGAGGCAGAAGUUGAAUUAUCAAAUAAAUAAAGAAUUGAGGAUGAGGGCUGGAGCAGAGAACCUUUUUAGAGCGGCAACAAAUAAGAAAUUAAAAGAGCAGGUAGCGUUGGAACUCAGCUUUGUCAACUCCAAUUUACAACUACUGAAAGAGGAACUUGAAGAGCUGAACAGCGAUGUGGAGGCUUACCAGAAUGACAGCCAGAUGUCCAGUGUUCCAAUGAUUCCCUUAGGCUUGAAAGAAACCAAAGAAGUGGACUUCACAGUUCCAUUUAAAGAUUUUAUUUUAGAACAUUAUAGUGAAGACUGUGAAACUUAUGAAAAAGAAAUUAAAGAACUCAUGGUCCUCAGACAGGCUAUGAGGACACCCAGAAGAAAUGAAGAAGGGUUAGAACUACUCUAUGAAUAUUACAAUCAACUUUAUUUUGUAGAAAAUAGGUUUUUCCCAACAGAUAGACAUCUUGGAGUAUACUUUCACUGGUAUGACUCGUUGACAGGUGUACCAUCUGCACAGAGGACAGUAGCCUUUGAAAAAGGCAGUGCUUUGUUUAAUAUUGGAGCACUUUACACACAAAUAGGAGCUAAACAGGACCGAAGUCAUAAAGAAGGAAUAGAGAAAGCUAUAGAAAAUUUCCAGAAGGCUGCUGGUGCAUUCCGUUACUUAAGCGAUAAUUUCAGUCAUGCACCCAGUAUGGACAUGAGUAAUGCCGUACUCAAUAUGCUAGUGCAUUUAAUGCUGGCUCAGGUUCAAGAAUGCGUCUUUGAAAAAAGAACCAUUGGAGGAAUUGAAAUGUCUGUGAAAAAUUAUUUAGAAGUUGCACAGGAAGCAUCAGCAGUUUCAAAAGCUUAUGGUACAGUACAUCGUGCGAUGAACGCAGAUACAGUAAAAGACUAUGUACCGUACUCAUGGAUUUCAUUAGCUUUAGUUAAAUCAGAACAUUACAAGGCUAUGUCACAUUUCUACGUUGGAGUUGGAUUACUUUGUCGGAAAGAUAAUAGUGAGCAGGUUGUGUUGGAAGCUAUGUUUCCUAAACUCCAUGUGAAAACAGAUAAGACGGAUGAAAAUCUUCCCAUGCAAAUACCAAAGAAUUUCGAUGACAGCAAAAGGUUGGCAAAAGCACAUUUACACGCUUCAUUGAUGACACAUGAAGAAACUAUGAGGCUGCACAGAAUGAGCAAAAUGCUCCGGAAAAUUGACACUUUAGGCGGUAUCCUACGACUGUCACAUGAGAGGGCAAUGUCUCGGUAUUCAGAGAUAGACGAGGAAGAUGAGUUCUAUGAUGUUGUUGUGGUUCCUGACGUCCAAGCAAUUACAUCGCAAAAAGCUGAAUGUGUACUUCCUGACUUCAGUCAAGUCAAAGUUAUGGACAUAUUCCAUAGACUGGGUCCUCUGGCGAUUUUUUCUGCAAAACACAGGUGGAGUGCCCCCAGAAAGGUAGAAAUGGAGAGGACUGAAAACGGAUUUGGAUUCACAGUACGAGGGGAUUCACCUGUUAUUGUAGCGAGUUUAGACGAAGACGGGGCUGCUCAGAGAAGCGGGAUCAAAGAAGGCGAUUUCAUUGUCAAGAUUGGUGAGAAAGAUGUGAAGUGGGCAAAACAUGACGAUGUGGUGAAACAUAUAAUGGAAAGCCAUGGUCAGUUAUCGAUAAGCGUUGUCACACCACAAGGACGUGACUUCCUCCACCCCCAGGAUGAAAGGCGAUUAAGAACAUCAGGUCGACAUGACCACCAGUCAAUUGCACCGAAUGGAAAUGUUAUAAGUGCAAGAAACUCCCCAAUGAUGGGUCAGACAAAAUCAGACGUACAUUAUCGAAUGGGAAUGCGCGAUUCCAUUGACAGUCGGAAAGGGCUAGAGGGAAAGAAAGAGAAAAAGGAGAAAAGAAAAAGCGGGGUUGGCAUACUCGGGAAGAAAGAAGCAGCAUUGUGGUAAAAUACAUUGACUGUUGGGAAGGGUUUGAACAUACAUUGAUCAGGGUAAACCCUGUUGUGGCAAGCCUAUCUUACAAUGUCAUAUUGAACUAGAAUG